CAACAUCACAAUUGAUUACGUACCAAACAUAAAACGUAUUGUGUAAUUUAGUAGCUAUGGUUCCAGCAAACCAUUCAUUACGUUCACAGUUCAAGGUAGCCAUGUUAUGGGAUUACUAACGAAAUAAACAUGGCAUCGGCAACGGGUAAGAGUGGAAGGAGAUCAGCCGGCGACAGAAGAGACAGAACCGCAACCCUCUGGAAGUAAUGGCAUGUCUGAUGUAUCCCAUAAAGUAAUAUCGUGCGAGAAAGAUGCUGCAAUGGGAGAUAUAACAACAAAGAAAUCGAGAGUGGAUUUACAGUCAUUACCAACUAGGCAGUAUUUGGAUCAGACAGUUGUCCCCAUUUUACUUCAAGCUCUAUCAACAUUAGCAAAAGAAAGGCCACCAGAUCCCAUCAACUUUCUAGCUGGAUACUUGCUCAAAAACAAAUCACAGUAUGAACAGGGCACAGGCGUGUCUCCAUCUGCAGGCCAAUGAAAGUCGCAGAGAAACUGUACCAGUACCACAGACAUUGCUGAAUUGUGUAUUUUGAUAUUAUUUGAAGGUGGAUGUGUGUUCAUUUCAUUAUCUCAGUUUAUUUAUCGGUCUUUUCUUUUUGCUUUGUUGAGUCUCAGUAGUGUCAGGCUUGCAGCUCCCUUUAUUUAUGUGACAGAGUGAUUAAUAAAUGAGUUGAAGAAAGCAGUCUUCUGGGAUGUGGCGCCGUGUAGAUAUUGUGUUAACCGACGUUUUGGAGGAACAUAUCCCAUCCAUCUGGUCAUGCUGGUUCUUCACUUGCAGAUUUUCUUCUUUUUUCUUCUACCCUGAAGGUGGAGGCGAUACGUUCUUCCGAAACGUCAGUU